UUCACCUAAUCAUAUUACAGCGGUUGUGAUCAGUUUACAUCGCUUCGGCGUUGGAAUGAAAUUGGAAUGAAUCAAAAAUUAUCGCUGCUGAACCGUCAUCGAACUUAGCAAAACAUACAAGGCUUUUAUUAAUAUGUUUGUCUCCAGAAGUUUUACGAAACAUGAAAAUCAUUUGAAUCAGUUCUCAAUUCAUCUACUCGUAUUUUCAGUCAUAAUAUCGCUCGCGAGCAUUGCAACUGCACAUCAUAACAAUUUAAUGGAAAAUAUAAUAGAUUUUGAACCGAAUUGCAAUACUUAUAGAACUUGUGCGCAGUGCAAAACCAAUGAACCUGCUUGCAACUGGUCAGUUGAAAAACAAGUAUGCGUCAAGUCAAAUCCAGCAGCUAAUACAAGCGUAGUAGUAUCAUGUCCACGUUUUAAAGUGUCAUUAAUCUACGACUCAAUAAAAGUUUCUAUUUUGGAUAAGGUGAAAAGUUUUGACAAUUUUAUAAAAAAAUCAAACACAAUACAUUGCCAACUAGAAGACAAACACCUAAACAUAACACACGUAUCAUCUAACCACACUGAGUUUGUCUGUAUUCAUGAUCGAAAACUAUACCAAAAUUAUAGAUGGCCGAUCAAAUAUUGGUCACUUGUCGUUAACAACAAUACCUCCCUGAAAUUUAACAACCCCGAAGACCAUUAUAUCACCUCUUUUGAUCGAGAUUGUCACAACAUAACUUGUGCAACCGGUUAUUGGGAAACGGAAUCGUACGCGUACUACUGCAAAUGGUGUUUAAAAAAACAAAAUUGUACAUUGACCGAGAAUAACCAUAUGUGGCCGUGUCAUGUGCGAAAAUUACAGAAAAACACAGCCCAUGAUAAGCACCUGUCUUCGAUUGCGAUUCAAAGUCCCAACUUUAAGAUUGUAUCUUUCGAUCCGCUAGUUGGGUUGUCUACUGGCCCGGUGACGAUCAACAUAGUUGUUAAAAAUAAUUUGUAUUUAUCCGAAGAUAGGUCGAUGAAAAUUACCGUGGCUGGACGGCCGUGCAUUAUGGACCAGAGUACGUCAAGACACGAUGAAACAAUAAGUUGUAUCAUACCUGCAAUCGACGGACCCAUUUAUAAGGAAAAGGGUCCAGUUGAGAUCACGUACUCGUCUGCCUCGCAGAAUUAUCAUCUCAAGUCAACAAAAAUAUUUAGUUUCGUCACUCCGCUUGUCGAUGCCUCUUCAAGUCAGAACUGUGGACCAAUGGUAGGCGGGGUCCUGUUGGACAUCAAAGGAAAGUACUUAAACGUGACCAACGACGUUCAAGUACUUAUCGAUGAAAACAUUACAUGCACUGUGGUCAAGUUGAAUAGUGAACAACUUUCUUGCGUGGUCGGCUCUAGCGAUGUCCUUAUGAUCGCCAACGUGCAACUGUUUUUCAAUGGUCGAAUACUCGAUGCAACUAAUUCUAAUCUGUCCUUCAAGUACAUGGCCAAUCCGACUAUCGACGAGGAGCAACGAUUCGAGAGUAUUGCGUCUGGAGGUGUGCAAUUGAUGGUACAUGGUAAUUUUUCAUGUUUAAAAACCUGGGCAAUGUACGUGGCGUACGAUGGAAAAUUAAACGUUAGUUUUUGUAGAUAUAAAGACAAUAGGGUCUUGAUUUGCAAAACUCCCUAUAUCGACAUCCCCGAAUCGUUUACGUCGAUGGAACUGAAGCACGGUUUUCUAGGAAUUACUGAUGAAAAAAUCGUGAACUUGACUUCGACGAAUACUAGUUAUACGGUCUUUCCUAACCCGGUUUUCACGAAUUUCGAAGUAAAUGAAAAUUCUCUCCUAAUACACGGCGAGUUUUUGAACAAAGGUUAUCGGAAAAAAGAUUUGGCGGUACGUAUUCAAGGUUGGUCUGAGAGUCUGAUGGUAUGCAAUUUGGUUCAGGAGAACAUCGAGUGUUGGAUACCAGAGGCUAUCGAUGUACAAACAAUUGUUGUUAACGUGGGCUAUUAUAAAGAACAAAUAUUGAAACUAAAGUUCAACCCCGGUAGAUUUAUUUUAUUAACUAUGACUGAAUUAUUGCAAGGUAUUAUAAUUUUAGGUGGAGUAGUCAUUUUCAUAUAUGUACUGUUAUUUAUAAUAAGAUCAAUGAACUCGGCUAACUCUAUAGAACUGACUGAAAAAAGUAAAAUAUACUAUAUUUAUUAAUAUUCUAAAAUAAUAAAAG